AUUAGACCGCGGUGCACCUCUAUAAAAAUAUGUUUGCUCUUGUCCUUCACACCUCUAACCAGUGUGGUAAUUAGCUGUAUGGUAUAAAUCGCUCUGUAAAACUCCCUAUAAUUCAGCUCCACCUUCUCUUUAUUUGGUAUAGCUGACACCGCAGUAUAAUAUUACAGUAGAGAGCUUCUUGAGAAGAUCUAGAUUAAGGCUUGUAUUUCAGGUUUAUAACCACAAGAAAGGAAAUCAGACAGUGCACAGAUAUUUACCAUGCAAUUCCCUAAUACGAGCACCCAUACUUGAGAAAAUAAUGCACGUAUCAAGAAUUAUAACAAAAUCAAAUCUUUUUUUAUUUUAUUUUUAUUAAGAUAUUAUCUUUAUGACUCAUUUCAAAAUUAUUAUACUAUAUUAAAGGCGAGUGCCCCAGAGGAUCAACCUGGUCUAGAGCAGAUGAUCUCAAAUGAGGCUGAGGGCCAUGAAUUGGAAGUAUUGCAUCCUGGUCUAAAACUGCAGCUGAAGAGACAUCAGAAAGCAGCUAUAAGUGGAAAGGCAAGGACUGAAAGGAAAUAAUUGUCCCCUUCAUCCUGUGAUAUGGACAUACUCAAAAGGGACACCUGGCAAAGUUUACGAGGAAAACUCUCAGAUAAGGGGCAUGGAGAACCAUAUACGGGUGAGCCGGCGAUAAGCGUUGCACAGCUAAGGAGACAUCAUCUGUAGUCCAGUUCAUUGCCUCAUUUCACAGGACACAGACUUGGAUUUUGUUGUGCUGCUGGUUCAGAUUCGUUUCUUCACCAUCCGUCAAGAUGAAAAUUCCCAUUAUCAUUGACUCUACAGUAGAUGACAGUGACGAGGAGGAAAAGGUUUUCCCUAAUCCUGUGCUGGAAGACAGAAGUGUUGAAUUUGCCAAAAAAUGUACCGAAUAUAUCAGUGAUAUCAGCUACAGAGAGAAGUAUAAAAAAUUGAAAGGCAAGAAUGAGUUUGUUCCUGAUACGGCGAAACUGAAGGCUGUCACAGAUUCCAUAUCAGAGACAAAGUACAAGGAAGCCGGCAAGAAGGAGUUAUCCCACUCCCUGUACCAGAUGAUGCCAGCAACAUUAGACACAGCAUUUGCUAAACAAGUCACGGAGCUUCAGAGCGAGGUUCUUUACAAGCAAAAACAUGAUGCAGAUAAGGGAAAAUCUACUUACGCUCAAAUGCUAGAGCCCCCAGACAUCAAGCACGCGAUGGAAGUCAACAGACACCAGAGCAAUGUAAGUUAUAAGAAGAAAAAUGCACAGGACAUCCACAAAUACACUGAAGUGAUGAACAGACCAGACAUACGGAAGGCUACAGAGAUUUCCAAGAUCAUAAGCAAUGUGGAUUAUAAAAAAGCCAAAGGUGACCUGAGUAAAGAAUCCAUGGUCUUGGGAAGACCAGAUUUCGAACAUGCAAAAGAAAUGUCAAAGAUCACCAGUCAGGUGAAAUACAAGGAACAUUUCAAGGAAAUGAAGGGUAAGAAGCCUUGCUACAACCCACUGGACAGCGCUGUCUUCAGGAGUGCCCAAGCUGCAACAGACUUGGCGAGUGAUGUAAAGUAUAAGAAAGACAGGCAUAUCAUACAUGACACCUCUGUGGACCUUCCAAACUUACUGAACCUAGAACAUGCCCUGAGGGCCACCAAACUACAAAGCAAUACCGUCUAUAAGAAACAAUUUGAGGAAAGUAAAGGAAAUUACCAUUUUGCUUUGGAUACAGCAGAACAGAAUCACCAUAAGGAGAACGCUGUACUGCAAAGUCAGGUGAAAUACAGAGAGGAGUAUGAAAAAUCAAAGGGGAGGUCCAUGCUGGAGUUUGUGGAUACUCCGUCGUACAACGUUUCAAAGGAGGCUCAAAAAUUUCAGAGUGAGACCGUCUAUAAGAAACAAUUUGAGGAAAGUAAAGGAAAUUACCAUUUUGCUUUGGAUACAGCAGAACAGAAUCACCAUAAGGAGAACGCUGUACUGCAAAGUCAGGUGAAAUACAGAGAGGAGUAUGAAAAAUCAAAGGGGAGGUCCAUGCUGGAGUUUGUGGAUACUCCGUCGUACAACAUUUCAAAGGAGGCUCAAAAAUUUCAGAGUGAGAAAUUAUACCGGAAAGAGUUUGAAGAGACAAUCAAAGGAAAAGCAUCAGUGGACCUGGAGCUGACCCCGGCAUUACUGCAUGCCAAACAUGCCAUGAACCUGGUCAGCGAGAAGGAGUACAGGAAGGACUUGAAAGAAGGAAUCAGGGGAAAGGGUUUGACGGUUCUGGAAGAUACACCGGAAAUAAUCAGGGUGAAAAACGCUUCACAGAUAUUAAGUGAGAAAGCGUAUCGGAAGGACCUGGAAAAUGAUAUCAAAGGAAAAGGCAUGGAGUUCAGCGCGGACAUCCCCGAUAUGAUCCGAGCCAAGCGGGCAACUGAAAUAGUCAGUGAGAAAGAAUACAGGAAAGAAUUCGAAACAGAAAUCAAGGGAAAGGGAAUGCAAGUGGGUGCUGAUAUUCCUGAGUUACAGCAUUUUAAGAGGGUCUCUGAAUUGGUGAGCCAGAAAAAGUACAAAGAUGAAGCUGAAAGACUGAGAUCUACGUAUUCUAUUGUCGCAGAUACCCCCGAAAUAGAAAGGGUGAAGAAUGCUCAAAAAUCCAUAAGUUCUGUGUUUUAUAAGAAGGGGCUAGGUGCCGGCACAUCCAUCAGGGAGACCCCAGAGAUGGAGAGAGUGAAGAUCACACAGCAGAAUAUCAGUGCAGUAAAGUACAAGGAAGAUAUUGGACCUGCCACAGCGAUAUCUGACCUGCCCGAAAUCAAGAGGGUUAAGGAGAACCAGAAAAACAUCAGCAAUGUUCAUUAUAAAGAGCCACUGAGCAGAGCGACCCCCAUCAGCAUAACUCCAGAGAUGGAACUAGCUAAGAAGAACCAGGAACAUUUCAGCACGGUCCAUUACAAAGAAAAAGUUGGCAAAGUCACACCUGUCGGUCUUACUCCAGAGAUGGAGAGGGUCAAAAAGAACCAAGAAAACAUUAGUUCGGUAAAAUACAGCAAUGACUUACAGCAGAUGAAAGGCAGACCUAGCGUAAUUCUAGACACACCAGAGCUGAGGCAUGUCAGAGAAACACAAAAUAAUAUAUCAAUGAUAAAAUAUCAUGAAGACUUUGAGAAGACGAAAGGCAGAGGCUUCACCCCAGUACCAGAUGAUCCAGUGACGGAGAGAGUAAGAAAAAACACACAGAUUGUCAGCGAUGCUGCUUACAAGGGUGUCCACCCCCAUGUGGUGGAGAUGGACCGACGACCGGGAAUCGUUGUAGACCUUAAGGUUUGGCGUACUGACCCAGGCUCUAUUUUCGACAUUGACCCAGUGGAGGACAAUAUUCAGUCCCGGAGCCUUCGUAUGUUAACUGAGAGAGCUAGUCUUGGCCAUAGGCAGUCUUGCCACUCUGCGGGGGCAGCCAGGGUGAGCCAGGCAGAUGACAGGUCUGAAGCGUCUGAGAUGAAAUCUAGUUUCUCUUACUACAGUGAAGGGGCAAAGGCAUCCGAUGAAGGAGCCCCUGUAGGUGCCUACCAUCCAUCUCAGCCUCAAGGCUUUGGCUACAUGCACCCGCCAAGUAUGUCCUCUACGAGGUCAAUGCAUUCUCCACAUGCACAUUCAACCUCACCAAGUAUGAGAACCUACAGAGCCAUGUACGACUACAGCGCUCAAGAUGAUGAUGAGGUUUCCUUCAGGGACGGUGACUAUAUUGUCAGCGUGCAGCCAAUCGAUGACGGAUGGAUGUACGGCACAGUGCAGAGAACUGGGAAGACAGGGAUGCUGCCAGCCAAUUACAUUGAGCCUGUUAACUGAGAGCCGCACGUUCCUUCACCUCUCAGCACUCAGUAUAUAUUUUAUUUUUAUGUAAGGAUCGCGACGAUCAUGAAAUCUUUAUUGACAAUUAUUCUUUUAAAACGCGUAAAAUUAAGUUUAAGCUUAUUUUUUAAGCACUAGCAUAGAACCUAUGAAAUAGAAGAAGCUCUUACCGUAAGGAAAGGACUCUACCAACAAACCCUCAUAGACUUAGUGGAAUGUUGUAUAUUACCAUAUAAUGGAAUAUUUUUUUUCUCUUACAUGACAUAUCCUUUCAUAGUUAACCUCAGAGGGCUGGUAAUUGCUGACAAUCGCGGAUAUAGCAGUGGCAUAACGUAGAUUAUAUAUAAGAUUAUGAAACCUAUUUAGCUGCUUCUGCUAUAUUCUAUACUCUGUGCAUUGUUUAGUAUUGCACCUUUAGUCAAAUGGAAUCAAAUCUUUCCAAAUAUAAUUCUAAUUUAAUACUAAAUAUUAUAUAAAAAAGUUGUAUUUAUGAUCAUAAUAUAGUCAAUAGUUUCCAAAGAUCUUUGUGAUUGCAUUCAGAAUGAUGGGAGAGUUCCGCUGCACAAGAAAACAUCUCACUUUUCAAAAGGUAAAUCCAAAGAAAAUGGUAUCUAUACAGUGCCGUGCAAAAGUCUUAGGUGUGGUAAAAAUGCUGCAAAGUAAAAAUGCUUUCAGUUUUAAUAGUCUCUUUUUAUCAGUUAACAAAAUGCAAAGUGAAUGAACAAAAGAGAAAUCUAAAUCAGAUCAAUAUUUGGUGUGACCACCCUUUGCCUGCAAUACAGCAUCAGUUCUUCUAGGUACACCCGCACACAGUUUUUGAAGGAACUAACUGCAGAUCUGUGGAUGUAGGCCUGCUCAAAUCCUUCUGUCUCUUUAUGUAAUCUAAGAUAGACUGGAUGAUGUUGAGAUCAGGACUCUGUGGGGGCCAUAUAAUCACUUCCAGGACUCCUUGUCCUUUACGUUGGAGAUAGUUCUUAAUGACAUUGGCUGUAUGUUUGGGGUCAUUGUCCUGCUGCAGAAUAAAUUUGGAGCAAAUCAGAUGCCGCCCUGAUGGUAUUGCAUGAUGGUUAGGUUUCCUUUCUCAGCAUUAAGGCCCCAUUAAUCCUGACCAAAUUCCCAACUCCAUUUGCUGAAAUACAGUCCCAAACUUGAAAGGUACCUCCACCAUGCUUCACUAUUGCCUGCAGACACAUGUAGUACUGCUUUUCAGCCGUUUGGUAACAAACUGCCUUCUGUUACGGCCAACUAUUUCAGAUUUUGACUCCUUAAUACAAUGCACUUGCUGCCAUUUUUAUGCAUCCCUUUUGAGUCGCUUUGCCUUGUCAAAUGUAUGGCUUUUUGGCCGCAAUCCUUUCAUGAAGACCACUUCUGGCCAGACUUCUCUGAACAGUAGAUAGGUGUACCUUAUUUCCACUGGUUUCUGACAGUUUUGAGCUGAUGGCACUGUUAAACAUCUUCCAAUUUUGCAGGGUAGUAAGCAUGAGGCGUCUUUCAUCUGUUGCACUACGUUUUCAGCACCUAUCGGACAUUGGUGGCAUAUCCUAGCAAUAUGUCCACAAAGUGCGAGAUGGACCAACCCCUUUAAUGGUGUUCUUAGUGCUGAAAAAUCCAGGAAGAUACUUAUCCAUCAUGCAAUACCAUCAGGAAGACGUCUGGUCGGUCCAAAAUUUAUUCAGAAGCAGGACAACAACCCUAAACAUCCAGCCAAUGUAAUUAAGAACUAUAUUCAGAGUAAAGAAGAACAAGGAGUCCUGGAAGUGAUGAUAUCUCCCAUACGGAACCCUGAUCUCAACAUCACUCAGUCUGUCUGGGAUUACAUAAAGAGAGAGAAGAAUUUGAGCAAGUCAACAUUCACAUAAGAUCUGUGGCUAGUUCUCCAAGAUGUUUGGAAGAACCUCUCUGCCGUGUUCCUUCAAAAACUGUGUGCAUUUUCCACACCUGCCUAAAACAUUUGCACAGUACUGUACAUAUACAUACAGUUGUCAAGUUGACUUAAUAGAUGUUCAGGCCCUCUUCUAUUUUCCAGAACAGAGAAAGGCUACUAAGCACACCUCCUACUCUGGAGGACCUUGCAUAGAGAGCUCAUUGAUUAAUUGCUCCAUUUCCCCAGUGGGGGCACUGCAGGAGUUUGAAGAUCACUGGGAGUUCUAGACACAAAAUACCCAAUCUGUGAAUUAUAUUUGCCACUUGUAUAGACUAAAGAACUUUAGGUUUACUUACUUUAUAUGCUUUACUUAGUAUUAAAUCACCUGGCUUUAAAACUUC